AUGCAGCUGGCUGCUUACUUCUUUUCGGGCUGCUGUAUUCUCUUAGCUUCAGGAUACAACUCCUUUAGUAAGAGCAUGGAGACGAUAGGCAAGAAGCAGUACCAGGUUCAGCACGGGUCCUGCAGCUAUACCUUCCUCCUGCCCGAGACGGACAACUGCCGGUCUUCCACUUCCUACGUCUCCAACGCGGUGCAAAGGGAUGCACCUUUAGACUACGACGACUCAGUUCAAAGACUGCAACUACUUGAAAACAUCAUGGAAAACAACACUCAGUGGCUAAUGAAGCUUGAGAAUUACAUCCAAGACAGUAUGAAGAAAGAAAUGGUAGAGAUCCAGCAAACUGCAGUGCAGAACCAGACUGCAGUAAUGAUUGAAAUAGGCACAAACUUACUAAAUCAAACAGCUGAACAGACCCGCAAAUUAACAGAUGUUGAAGCACAAGUCUUAAACCAGACAACCAGACUUGAACUUCAGCUUUUGGAACACUCUCUUUCAACAAACAAACUAGAAAGACAGAUUUCAGAUCAGACCAACGAGAUAACUAAAUUACAAGAAAAAAACAGCUUUCUAGAAAAAAGAGUUCUUGAGAUGGAAGACAAGCACACACUUCAGCUGAAGUCAAUAAAAGAUGAAAAAGAUCAGCUUCAAGUCCUAGUAGCCAGACAGAAUUCUAUUAUAGAAGAACUAGAAAAACAGUUAGUUACAGCUACAGUAAACAACUCGGUUCUGCAAAAACAGCAACAUGAUCUGAUGGAGACUGUUCAUAACUUGCUUACUAUGAUAUCUACACCAAACUCAGCUAAGAACAACUUCAUAGCUAAAGAGGAGCAAAUCAGCUUCAAAGACUGUGCUGAAGCUUUCAAAUCUGGACUGACAACAAGUGGAAUCUACACUUUAACUGUUCCAAACACUGCACAAGAAAAGAAGGCCUACUGUGACAUGGAAACUGGUGGAGGAGGUUGGACCAUUAUUCAGAGACGUGAAGAUGGCACUGUAGACUUUCACCGGACAUGGAAAGAGUACAAGAUGGGGUUUGGUGAUCCUGCUGGGGAGUACUGGCUGGGAAAUGAGUUUGUUUCUCAACUGACUAAUCAGAAGCGUUAUGUUCUUAAAAUACACCUGAAAGACUGGGAAGGAAACGAGGCAUAUUCAUUGUAUGACCACUUCUCUCUAGCAAGUGAAGAACUAAAAUACAGGAUUUACCUUAAAGGACUUACUGGGACAGCGGGCAAAAUAAGUAGUAUAAGCCAACCAGGAAAUGAUUUUAGCACAAAGGAUGCAGACAAUGACAAAUGUAUUUGCAAAUGUUCACAAAUGCUAACAGGAGGAUGGUGGUUUGAUGCAUGUGGUCCUUCUAACCUCAACGGAAUGUAUUAUCCAUUACGACAGAACAACAACAAGUUCAAUGGUAUCAAGUGGUACUACUGGAAGGGCUCGGGAUACUCUCUCAAAGCCACAACUAUGAUGAUUCGACCAGCAGAUUUCUAAAUGCUUUUGCAUUAUGUGAAUUAUGUAUUGUAUAGUCUUCAAAGACUUAAUUUGCUGAGCAUAUAAACACACAUCUGCAACUCGUCUCAUUUUCAAGCCCAGAAAACAUGUGCUAGUGUUCUGAAGGGAUCAGUUCAGUACAAUUCCUGAAUUGCAAUAGCCUUGAUCAGCUAAAGUUCAUAUUAUUCAACCAGACACAAACUCUAAAGCAUCAACCUGGUAUAACAGUGAUUUGGCCAAACGACUGAAUAAAAAGAACAUCCAAGAAACUGUCAGACAACUUAAGGACUCUGUUUUACUGAUCAUUUAUGUUAUGUAUGUAUUAGUAAAUAACUGGAACUGUGAAAAAUACCUAAAAUAGUUUUAGAAAUAUGCAUUUUGCCUCAUCACUGAACUUUAAACAUUACUCUAAUAUAAAACACUUAACUAGAUCUAGAACUAUUUAUCUCUCUGUGUCAUGUUUGCCUUUUAUGUACAUAAAAACCCCCAAUGUCCUGUAAUUAGCUCAAUCCUGUAGUUAAAGAAUACAUUCUUUCCCCCGAUAGUCUCCUAAACCACUUCUUACACUUAUUCAGGGAUUUUUUCCAAUAGCCUGUAUUACUUUAUUUAACAGAGGACAAAUAGCAUUUAAGUACUUUGCAUUUAUUCUUGGGAAAUACCAUGUACAAAAAUCACCAUUUCUUUCAGUUUGUACUUAUUACAGUCUAUCUAUCUUUAAGUUACGAAAAUCCCUGCAAAUUAAAUAUAGUAUGUGUUUCUUUAUAUUUUUAUGAAGAUUGCACUUUUUUCCUUUUCUUGUCAUUUACCUGUAAAAUAACUUAUCAGUAUUUUAUAAACCGAGACAAUGGCAUUAACACCAAAUGUCCGUUUGUCUAUGACAAUCAGUUAUCACCUGGUGCUGUAGUACAUCUGUACGUUUUGUAAAAAUAACCUAACUGAAAACCUUAUGCAUGUUCUUUGAUAGUAUUAAAUUUAUGCUCAUGAAUUAAGAUACAAAUUACUACAUUUUAAAAACAGGAAAAAAAAUCUGAAAGUUAUCUAAGGUUACACUACUGUUUUUUUUUCAGUAAGGUUAGGACUUCUCCCUAGAAAUUCUCUGUAGGUAGGCCCUCAGUGUAUAACACAAUGUGAAUAAAUUACUCUAC